UAAAUACACAGCCCCCACCCUAUCUUUAAACCCCACACUUCAAUCUUCCCUCUUUCACUCUCUCUGCUCAAACUCAGACCUGCCCAUCUCUCCAAUUUAACUCUUCCGGCGAAAACAACAGAAAUCAAAACAAUGGGCUACGGCAGACUCCAACCGUCGGACCCGGGAGGCUCCUCCAUGCACCACGUGGCCGACCAACCCCAAAACCCACCCUCCUCUUUCUCCAACUCCAAACCCAACAACAAAAAAAAGCUCAUCCUAAUCUCCCUCCUCUCCGCCGCUCUCAUUCUCGCCUCCGCCGUCUCCGCCGUCCUCCUCCUCGUCGUCCGCUCCAAGGCCUCCCCCCAAUCCUCCGGCCCCCACCUCAAGCCCACCCAGGCCAUCUCCGACGCCUGCGCCAAGACUCAGUUCCGCUCCCUCUGCGUCAACUCCCUCCUCGACUUCCCCGGCUCCGUCCACGCGUCCGAGCAGGACCUCGUCCACAUUUCCUUCAACAUGACGCUGCAGCACCUCAGCAAAGCCCUCUACCUCUCCUCCUCUCUCUCCUACCUCCAGAUGGACCCGCACUCCCGCUCCGCCUACGACGACUGCCUCGAGCUCCUCGACUCCUCCAUCGACGCCCUCUCCCGCUCCCUCACCUCCGUAGCCCCCGGGGCCGCCGCCGCCGCUGCCGCUGCAUCCACCCAGGACGUGCUGACGUGGCUGAGCGCGGCACUCACUAAUCAGGACACGUGCGGGGAGGGGUUCUCGCAGGCGAGUGGGCCCGUGAAGAGCGAGAUGGACACGAGGCUCAGGGACUUGUCGGAGCUCGUGAGCAACUGCCUCGCGAUCUACUCGGCAAUCGGCGCCGGCGACGAUUUCUCUGGGGUGCCGAUUCAGAACCGGAGGAGGUUGCUGAAUUCGAUGGAGCGCGACAUCAUGGGAGAUAAUGCCGAUGUCUCUCGAGAUUUGCCGAGAUGGCUGAGCAGUAGGGAGAGGAAGUUGCUGUCGGUGCCGGUGUCGCAGAUACAGGCCGACAUCAUUGUCUCGAAAGACGGCAACGGAACGUACAAGACGAUCGCCGAGGCGAUCAAGAAGGCGCCUGAAUAUAGUUCUCGCCGGAUCGUUAUUUACGUGAGGGCAGGAAGGUACGAAGAGGAUAAUUUGAAGGUGGGGAGGAAGAAAACCAACUUGAUGUUCAUUGGAGAUGGGAAGGGCAAAACAGUGAUUACAGGUGGGAGAAGCGUUUCUCAGAGCAUCACCACUUUCCACACAGCAAGCUUCGCGGCAACUGGAGCUGGUUUUAUUGCACGGGACAUAACGUUUGAGAAUUGGGCCGGGCCCAGCAAGCACCAAGCCGUAGCCCUCCGAAUCGGGGCCGACCACGCCGUCGUCUACCGCUGCAACAUCAUCGGAUACCAAGACACAUUUUACGUCCACUCCAACCGCCAGUUCAUCCGGGAAACCGACAUUUACGGAACAGUCGACUUCAUUUUCGGCAACGCCGCUGUAGUUUUCCAAAACUGCAGUAUCUACGCCCGGAAGCCCCUGCCCUCUCAGAAGAACACGAUCACCGCCCAAAACCGAAAGGACCCGAAUCAGAACACGGGCAUUUCGAUCCACGCUUGCCGGAUCCUCGCCACCUCCGAUCUCGAGGCGGCCAAGGGUAGCUUCCCGACGUAUCUGGGCCGUCCGUGGAAGUUGUACUCGAGGGUCGUGUACAUGUUAUCGUAUAUUGGCGAUCACGUACAUCCACGUGGAUGGCUCGAGUGGAAUACCACUUUUGCCCUUGACACGCUGUACUACGGUGAAUACAUGAAUUCUGGGCCGGGCGGGGCAGUGGGGCAGCGGGUGAAGUGGCCCGGGUACAGGGUGAUUACCUCCCCGGUGGAGGCGGGUAAGUUUACGGUUGCACAGUUUAUAUAUGGGUCGUCGUGGUUGCCGUCUACCGGAGUGGCAUUCUUGGCCGGGCUUUCGGUCUAAAAUUACAGUCCGCAGUAAACCAUUAGUGGGUAAAUGCUCUAUUUUGUUGGUAACUGUAUGAAUAUAGUCUUUAUAUUUUGUUGUAUAUUUUUUUUCAACAUUAUAUGAGAAUAAGUCGCAAUGUUCUUUUUAGUCAUUUGACUCAAUGAUGUUGGUGGUAUUGGUAUACGAGAACUCCCGUCGCAUCAUUCGUGUAGUAAAAUAAUGUAAGAAAUUAUGUGC